ACACACACAGAUCGAUAGAGAGAGAAAAUGGGCGUUGUGGUGAACAAGUCGGCGCCGGUGAUGGUGAAGCCAUCGGAGCCGGUGGCGACGACAGGCGCCACCGUUAAACUCUCGUCUUUAGACCAGGUACAUACUAACAUUCCAGUCACAUCGUUGUUGGUGUUCCAACAUCCGAUGAAUGAGGCCCCUGCCGAGACCAUUCAGAGAGCACUGUCCCAAGCCCUUGUCCACUACUACCCAAUCUCCGGUCGCAUCGCCGCAGGCGCUGAUGAGAUCCAGUGCACCGGUGAGGGUGUGGUGUUCGUCGCCGCGUCCGCCGACUGUUCCCUGCAAGAAUCGAAGCUGCUGCUCACGGAGGAGCCGCCGUCGGCGGCCGCCUCGCCAGCCGGAGCAACAAGCAGGCCGUUACUAGACGAGCUCGCCGUCUACUACGACGACACCGCCUACGGUUGCGGCGGCGGACCGUUGAUGCUGGUGCAGGUCACCGCGUUCUCCUGCGGCGGCUUCGUCGUCGGGGUGACGUGGAACCACGGCGUUGGCGACACCAUGGGGAUCGCUCAGUUCCUGCAGGCCGUCGGAGAGAUGGCACGUGGGGUGCCGUCGCCGUCGGUGAUUCCCCACAGAAUCUGGGACGACUCCCGGAUCCCGAGCCUCUCUCCGUCCGUCAUUGCCGCCGCCGUGCGACAGUAACAGUCGUCUAUGGCAGCCGGCCGCGCC